UUGAGAUGGCGCUGUUCAUGCUCCUGAUCAUCCCGCUUCCCUUCAACGUUAAGCGCAAGAUCUUUACCUUCAUCUCCGAGAACCCCGUCGUCGCCAAGAUCCAGUACUGGAUGAAGAUUACCUUCAUCUUCAUCCUGAUCCUCUUUAUCGACAGCGUCAACCGGGUCUACCGCGUUCAGCUUGAACUCAUCGCCGCGUCAGAACAGUCUAAGCAGGGAGGCGCCGCCGUCAUGGGUCACGAACGUCUCGAAGUCCAAGCCCGCAAGUUCUACUCGCAGCGCAACAUGUACCUCUGCGGCUUCACCCUGUUCCUUUCGCUCAUCCUCAACCGUACCUAUGUGAUGAUCCUUGAGGUGAUGCGUCUCGAGGACAAGGUCCGCGCCUACGAGGGCACCAAGCAGAACGCCAAGGAGAGUGAGAAGCUGGCUGUCGCUGGAAAGCCCGGUGAGCUCGCCCGUCUCCGGGAGGAGCUUGAGAAGAAGGACCAGGACCUGCAGAACCUCAAGAAGCAGAGCACGCAGCUUCACAAGAGCUAUGACGAGCUUAGCGACAAGUAUGCUGCCACUCAGCAGACUGGUGAGGGUAAGAAGGGUAUCUAAGCCAUGUCUAUGACAUGCAAUUCCCCUUGAAGGGAUCCUGCCAAUGGAUCAACCGGCACUGGAUCCAGUGUCGUUACCGAUCACAGGGAGAAUCAGAGGCCACGUCAGGCCAGCACCUUUCAGGGUACAUGAAGAAAACUACAGACCAGGGUUAUAUGUAGCAGAGGACGCAAAACAACGGGCGGGCAUAAGUUACGGAUAAGCAACGGCGCAAAGUUGACGAUUUUGGCGCGUACUAGGCUAUCGAUCGAUCGACAAUUUGAGAUUGUAUUCAAUUUCUCAGAAGGAUAGAAUUAUCAGGAAUAGUA